AAAAAUCUCAACACACUCAUUUCUAUCAUAACAAACAAAUCCCCUCAUUUCUCUCUCUAAAACCAUUUUUCUCUCUCUUAAACAACCAAAAAAAAUUCUGUGUUUUUUUAGUGUAUGGAAUGACGGAUUAUAGAUUACCAACAAUGAAUAUAUGGAGUAAUAGUAGUAAUACUAAUACUACAUCUGAUGAUAACAUGAUGGAAGCUUUUUUAUCUUCCGAUGCACUGUCGUUUUGGCCCACAACUACUACUACACCCACUCCAACCCGAACUUCAAUUUCUCCUACACCGGCGAUAACAAAUUCCAGUGACCCAUUAAAAGCGAUGCCGUUUUUCAACCAAGAAUCGCUUCAACAGCGUCUCCAAACUCUAAUCGACGGUGCUCGUGAAUCGUGGGCGUAUGCUAUUUUCUGGCAAUCGUCAGUUAUUGAUUAUGCGAGCCCGUCGGUGUUGGGUUGGGGAGAUGGAUAUUAUAAAGGUGAAGAAGACAAGAACAAGCGUAGUAAAACGUUGUCUUCGCCUAAUUUUAUCGCCGAGCAAGAGCACCGGAAAAAAGUUCUCCGGGAGCUGAAUUCUUUAAUUUCCGGAGUACAGACAGGAGCCGACGAUGCAGUGGAUGAAGAGGUGACGGAUACUGAAUGGUUCUUUCUGAUUUCAAUGACCCAAUCGUUCGUUAACGGAAACGGGCUUCCGGGCCUGGCGAUGUACAGCUCAAGCCCGAUUUGGGUUACCGGGCCGGAGAUAUUAGCGGCUUCGCAGUGUGAACGGGCCCGGCAAGCCCAAGGGUUCGGGCUUCAGACAAUUGUUUGUAUUCCUUCAGCUAAUGGUGUAGUUGAGCUCGGGUCAACUGAGCUGAUAUUCCAGAGCUCAGAUUUGAUGAACAAGGUUAAGGUUUUGUUCAAUUUUAAUAUUGAUACGGGCUCGGUUACGGGCUCGUGCGCUGUACAGGCCGAGCCCGAUCCCUCGGCCCUUUGGCUUACGGAUCCUUCUUCCUCAGUUGUGGAAGUAAAGGAUUCUUUAAAUACAGUUCCUUCAAGUAAUAGCAAUAAGCAACUUGUGUUUGGAAAUGGGAAUUCUCAAAAUCAACAGCAUUCUCAACAAACACAAGGAUUUUUCACUAAGGAGUUGAAUUUUUCUGGAUAUGGCUUUGAUGGGAGUAGUACUAAGAACAAAAACGGAAAUUCAUCGAUUUCUUGUAAGCCAGAGUCGGGUGAAAUAUUGAAUUUUGGUGAUAGUACUAAGAGAAGUGCUUCUAGUGCAAAUGGGAGCUUGUUUUCGGGCCAAUCGCAGUUCGGGCCCGGGCUCGGGCUCGUGGAGGAGAACAAGAACAAGAAAAGGUCACCAGUAUCAAGGGGAAGCAAUGAAGAAGGGAUGGUUUCGUUUGUUUCGGGUGUGAGUUUGCCAACUUCAACCACGGGGAAGUCUGGUGGAGGUGGGGACUCGGAUCACUCGGACCUCGAGGCCUCGGUUGUGAAGGAGGCCGUUGUAGAACCCGAAAAGAGGCCGAGGAAGCGAGGGAGGAAACCGGCUAACGGAAGGGAGGAGCCGUUGAAUCACGUGGAGGCGGAGAGGCAAAGGAGGGAGAAAUUGAACCAAAAAUUCUACGCACUCAGAGCUGUCGUCCCUAAUGUGUCGAAAAUGGACAAGGCAUCACUUCUUGGAGAUGCAAUUGCAUUUAUCAAUGAAUUGAAAUCGAAGGUUCAAGAGUCGGAUUCGGAUAAAGAGGACUUGAGAAGCCAAAUUGAAUCUUUAAGGAAGGAAUUAGCCAACAAGGGAUCAUCAAACUAUCCCGGCUCCCAACCGUCGAAUCAAGAUCACAAGAUUGUCGACAUGGACAUAGACGUUAAGGUGAUCGGAUGGGAUGCUAUGAUUCGGAUUCAAUGUAGUAAAAAGAACCAUCCUGCUGCGAGGUUAAUGGCAGCCUUAAAGGACUUGGACCUAGACGUGCACCACGCCAGUGUCUCCGUCGUGAAUGAUUUGAUGAUCCAACAAGCAACCGUGAAAAUGGGGAGCCGGCUUUACACACAAGAGCAGCUUAGGAUAACAUUGACAUCGAAAAUUGCUGAAUCGCGGUGAAAUUAUCUCGGUAGUGAGCUUUGUAUAAUGUCUCUUUUAUAUGGAGCUGUUUUAAGAGAAUUUCUCUUGAUACUUAAAAGUGGAAAGCUAUGUAAUUUGAGCUAUCCUCUUAGUUUUGGGUAUUUUUCAUCUUGUAUAUCUAGUUUGUUAUUCCACAUUUUCUGUAUAUAAAUGUGAAACAAACACUAGAGAUCUUAAGUUCAGGCUUUUAGUUCAUGUAAAAUUAGAGAUAUUAUUAUGCAGCUUCAUCUUCUUUAUCAAGGCCUGCUCCAUUCUUUUGUAUUCUUUAUUCAGGAAAUAAAUGAAGAAUCAAUUGGUGGCUGGUGAA